AGGAGCUGAUCCCCAGAGGAGGCAUUGAAAUCUGGCUACUUCAUCGUCUCUUUUUACCCCCGAAAUUCUGGAGACAUAACAACAGAUGUUUUUUCCUGCAUCUCCCAGUGACCCUCACACCAUGCAUACAUAAUUUUAUGCAUGACAUUGUCGAAUGGAGACUCCAGCUGCUAGAUGCUUCGUGACAAGUGAAUGAUUUCCAUUUUGCUGUUUUUUUUUUCUGUGCACCCUGCUUUCAUUCACCUGUUUUUUUCCCCUCUUGGACUCAUCAGCUGGAGCUCUUUCUUCCCCCUCAGCCUUGUUGGAUAUGAAUGGUAAUCUGGUGGCGAGAUAAUCUUCACCACAUCAAAUAUACAAGGCACUGUGCAAUGGAUAUCCUUCAGGAAAAAUGAAGUCUUCAUGUCGCUCCGUGUUGCCAUGACUGAGGCGUGCAGGUCUGGCUAGAGUCAGAAAGUGGCUGCCACAGUGCUGAAGUCAGCCCGUCCCGAUGAGCAAGGAAAGCAACCCGCAGAAACGCACCACCUACCUCAUCUCCCUCACUCUGGUGAAGGUUGAGGCUGUGCCAGACGAUGUAGACAAGGAGCAGAAGGAGGCUCUUCCAGAGGGGGAAGGGAGCCCUGAGAAGGAGGAGGAGGAGGAGAAAGAGGAGGAGGAAGAAGCCCUUGAGAAAGAAGAAGAGCCAGUAUGUAGACAAGAGGAGGAAAAAGACACCAGACAGGUAGAGGAGGAAGUGGAACAGGUGCAGGUUAAGUAUGACAGCCCUGUUGAGAGCAGAGGGAAGCCUGAGAGGAGGGACGCUCAUGGACACCAAAAGGACCUUGUUUCAGUGGGAAAAAGCAAAGACACUUUUUUUGUGCAGCCACCUGUUAGGCAGAUGGUCAAAGUGUACGGAGGAACUACCUCUGAGGCAACCGUGCGAAGGGAGGGGCCCCGUUCGGAUGCUAUGCGCCCCAAAACAGAGCUCUACAGAGAGCCCCCUAUGCUGUACCUGAAGGGGGAAAACGGAGCAGACCUGAGCAGCCGCUCACGCUGCAGCCUCCCUUUUUCUGUCCAGCAGCAGGUCAGCCAACGACCUGAUGUCCUCAUGAGGUCACACACCGGAGUAGCAGGUAGUUCAGCAGGCUGGAGGGACCUCAGAGAACCCAACACCAGUCUGUAUCACUCUGCUAAAACUCUGGAUCGAAGAGGGGAGCAGUCCCCCUUGAUGGCAGGUACGACUCUUGGGCCUUACAGAGCAUCCUGGGCUGACAGUGACGGCAGGGGGACACUCAUCCGCCCUGGAGCACCGAUGAGUGGAGGGUUUUCCGGCAUCAUGACCAGGGACAGCCCUCAGGCAGAGAGGUACAAGACAGUUUCUGUGUCCUUCCCUGCACCUUCUGCUACUGACACAUCCAGGCCUCAGAGGAAAGGUACAAGUCGUACUCUGGAUAACAGCGACCUACACUCCCCCUCUGACGACCUGAGGAGGGGGAAGGAGGCACAGGGAGGGACCAUACAAAGAGCUCCACCUCGAGACAGGAAGAUGCUGAAGUUCAUCAGUGGCAUUUUUACCAAAAGUGCAGCUGCAGGGUCUAGUGCCAAUGCUGCACCACCCCUCUAUCCAGCCAUGGAGAGAGGCUCAAGUGAGGAGGAAGCUGUUUGCACAAGCCAAGAGUGGACUCUGAGCCAAACAAUACAAGAGCUUCACCUGGGUGUUUUGGGAGGUCUGUGCAGUGGGAAGUCCGCUCUGGUCCAUAGACACUUAACAGGGAGUUACCUGCAGCUGGAGAACGCUGAGGGGCGACAGUACAUCAAGGAUGUACUGGUAGAUGGACAGAGCCACCUGAUGAUUAUCAGAGAAGAAACAGAACUCCCAGAUGCUCAGUUUGCAUCUUGGGUGGAUGCAGUGAUUUUGGUCUUCAGUUUGGAAAAUGAGUCUAGCUUUCAGGAAGUUUACAAGAUCUAUCACCAGCUCGCCAUGCACCGGCCUGUAUCAGAGAUAGCUUUCAUAGUAGUCGGCACUCAGGAUAAGAUCAGCAGCACCAACCCCAGAGUAAUCGAUGAUGCCAGGGCUCGGCAGCUGUGCUCAGACGUGAGGCGCUGCACUUAUUAUGAAACCUGUGCCACAUACGGCCUGAAUGUGAACAGAGUCUUCACUGAUGCUGCUCAGAAGAUCAUGGCAGCCAAGAAACAAGCUGCUCUUCUGGCUGCUUGUAAAUCUCUCCCAAACUCUCCUAGUCAUUCUGGAGGCUCCACCCCAGUGUCGGGUGUGUUUCCAGGACAGGCCAGUAACGGCGGUCAGAGCAGUGAUUACUCCUCAUCGCUUCCCUCCACUCCUGUGAUCAGCCAUAAAGAGAUCGGAAAGGCAGCCAGAGGGGAAAAACAGGAAGGGGCCACGCCUGGGACAGUCCGCAGUGCCACACGGAGACGUGCCCCAAGAUUUGCGGGUCGCAGAGGUAGUGACUCAAACAGAAGGAGUGCAGACUUUAAGGGUGAUCUUGGCAGUGGACGCUGCAUUCCCAUCAAACAGGGUAUCUUGCUGAAGCGCAGUGGGAACUCACUGAACAAAGAGUGGAAGAAGAAGUAUGUGACACUGACCAACGACGGCAUACUGUCCUAUCACUCCAGUGUCAAUGACUACAUGUUGAACACCCCAGGGAAAGAGAUGGACCUGCUGCGAGUGACAGUGAAGGUGCCAGGAAAGAGACCGCCGCGUGCUGUACCUGCCGCACCCACUUGUGGACUCCCUGUUGGGCUCAAUGGGCGUGUUAAAGACGUGCCAGGACCUGAGGGUGUCAGCCCAGUCCCUGUGAGCGCCAGCAGCCUCCUGCAGGUGGAGGAGAUGGAGGGCCUGGGUGGUGCACUGUUCCUGAGGAGUAACAGAGGAGUGCAGCGAUGCCCCUCCACCCUGUCUAACCAUGCUCAAAGUGUCGACUCGGCAGUUGAGGGUGUCUCCAGCUCAUCCUCCACCAAAGACUUUGGCUCCUCGUCCCCGGUGACAGACAGGAAGAAGCACCGCAGAAAGAAGAGCAUGAACAUGAAAGGAGAUGCAACACUUGGACAGGCAGAUGCCAAGCGCAAAAUGUGGAAACUUAAAAGCUUUGGCAGCUUAAGAAACGUGAGCAAGACAGAUGAGGAUAACUUUGAUUUCCUCAUCGUGUCGAGCACUGGCCAGACGUGGCACUUUGAAGCUCAGAGUGUGGAGGAGAGGGACUCCUGGGUCCAGGCCAUCGAGAGCCAGAUCCUGGCCAGCCUGCAGCUAUGUGAGAGUAGCAAAAACAAGGCACGCAAAAACAGCCAGAGCGAGGCAGUGGUUCUGCAGGCGAUCCGCAACGCAAAGGGGAACAACUUCUGUGUGGACUGUGAUGCUCCAAAUCCUACUUGGGCCAGUCUGAACCUGGGUGCUCUCAUCUGCAUCGAGUGCUCAGGGAUCCACAGAAACUUGGGGACUCACCUGUCACGUGUUCGCUCACUGGACCUCGAUGAUCUGCCACGAGAACUCACUCUGGUUCUCAGUGCCAUCGGCAACCAUAUGGUGAACAGUAUAUGGGAGGCACGCACGUUGGGCCGCCGUAAACCUGCACCUGAUGCUACACGUGAGGAGCGGGAGUCCUGGAUCAGGGCCAAGUACGAGCAGAAACUCUUUGUGGCCCCGCUGCCUCCUCCCACUCCUGGCGAGGGUCCAGACAUCACGCUCUCUGGUCGUCUUCUCUUGGCAGUGAUGGAGCACAACCUCCCCAAGCUGCUGCUCCUUUUGGCCCACUGCACUAAAGAGGACAUGAACGCGCCCCUCAGCCUGGCCAUGUCCGCCAGGUCACUCAUUGCGCUGCGACUGCCUGCCUCUGCCCUGCACGCUGCCUGCCAGCAGGGGGACGUGGUGAUGACACAGCUGCUACUUUGGUAUGGCUGUGACGUUCGAUACCGGGACACACAGGGGCAGACGGCGCUGGUUCAGGCUCGCAACGCCGGCAGCCAGGAGUGUGUGGAUAUCUUGCUGCAGCACGGAUGUCCUAAUGAACUCUCCCCCUCGGCGGUCAGCUUCACAGCCGCUGCCACAUCCAGCUUCCCUGUUGCCAUGACGCCCAGCCUGACAGUUGCCACUACACUAAGGAUCUCGCACAAGAGCGGGGGCACCAGCCUGAGCUACAGCACCACUAGAAGAGCGGUGUCAUAAUGAGGAUGGGGUGUUAUAAAUGUGUGUAUGUGUGUGUGUCUCUGCUGAAAUGAUUGAACCAAAAAAAAGAGAAGUUUUCCUGAAAGCAUUUCUACGGAGGCGAAGAGAAAAAAACAUUACAUCCAGAUGCCUCUGCAUUCAGAAUUUAAAUGAAUGUAUUGCACUGUAUACCAGCUGGUAUGAUUUAUAUUUCAUCAUGCAGUCAAUAUUUUUCUUCAGUCUCCUCUUAAUUGAGAACGGGAAUUUGCCUUCGGCCUCAAACAGCAUAGCUGAACAUCUCGAGGUCAGGUCUAGAAAAGAACUGCAAUAAGUUUACAACUACUUUCAACUCCGUCUGUGUCUGCUUCAAAACGUCAAACACGUCCACACUUCUUUAAUCUACUGACGGUGAAUGUUGAUUUAAAAUUCAGAGUGCAUACACUGUGUUAUAUCCAACACAGCUGGUCGUUCAGUGCUUCAAUGAUGUUGUGUGUGUUGAAAAAAACUCUAGUGACUGAAAAAAGGGGCUGUUUUGAAGAUAAUCAAAAUAACUGUAUAGAAAUGCAUUGAUAAAAUAGUAUAAUUCUAAAAAUUUAAAAAGUGCUUCAUUUUAAAGAUUGUUAUUGUAUGAUUUGUACAGUUGUUUCUGUGUAUAAAACUCAGAGUUACUCAUAAGCUGAUCAGAGAUUUACUGUGCAGCCUCUUGGUUUCCUUUAAUAACCACAAGUUUAACUCUUUAAGCAUUGCAGAGUGAGACUUCUAUGUUUCUGUUUGUUUUUCUGUGUGUGACAUGAACACUGUACAUGACGCGUGCAUUAUGAAUCCAGCAGCAGCUCAUGGUCAAGGCGAGUGUAGUACUACGUAGAUGUGCAACAAAACAAGUGAGAUGCCUUGAUUUUGAUUGAAUGUAUACAAAAAACGAUGCUGUGAGUUCAACGGAAGCCCUAAGGUAUCACACAUCCAGACAUUUUAUUUUACUCUUUCAUGCAGUGAUGACAAGUAAAUUAGGGUUGUUUCCUCAAAACGUUGUCAUAAAUAUUGUUUUGUAAUCAGAAAAAUGCUGGUUUACCCUUGAGAAAGAGUUGAAUUCACUAACAUUGGCUUUUCUUCCCAGGGUCCAACACAUAUACAGGUGCAUCUUAAAAAGCUGAAUAUCAUAAAAAGUUCAUUUUUCCUUUGAUUUCAUUCAAGAAGUGAAACUUCA